AUGAAAAGUAAUUUAGAAUUCGAAUAAGAGAUUGAGAAUUUAAUUAAAGAAUCUGUUUCCAAGCAUAAUUCUCCUAUGAGAGAUGAAGAGGAGAAUAAAGGAAAGAACAAAAAAAAGCAAUUCUUUUAUAAUAGAAAUAAGAUUGAUAUUAAUGAAGCUUGGAAAGAAAUUGAAAAAUUAUUUGAAAAUUUCUCAAUUCAGGAUAAAGGUUCAGUUGAAAAGCCAAAUUUGGGAGAGGAAUAAAAAAUAAAAGAGUAAAAAGAAUUAUUGUAGACACCAUAACCAAAAGUUUAUUCUCCUUCAAAAUAAACUACAUAAGUUAAAAAGUAAAAUGAAGAAGGAAUUUAGAAUAAAAUUAACUGUAGUGCUAAGAGAAGACUUGUAUAUGACUUAGAUUGA